AUGGAGGGCGCGAAGGUGUAUGUGCAGGAUGCGUCUGCGGGCUGGCGGAGGGCAACGGUGUCGGCCGCCCUCGGGGGCGGCAGGUACCGCGUCCGGUUCGAGGCCUGGGAGGACGAGGGCGGCGCGGAGCUAUCGGAGGAGGCGGAGGUGGACGCGUCCAAGCUGGAGGGUGGCACCCUGCCCUUCCAGAACGCGGGCAUGCCACCCUCCGGCUUCCCAGACAUGACCACGCUGGACCAUCUGCACGAGGCCGCGCUUCUGCACAACCUGCGGGCGCGCUUCUUCGCAGGCAGCUGCCCCUACACCUACACGGCCGACAUCGUCAUCGCCGUGAACCCGUACCGCUGGUUUCCGGACCUGUACACGGACGAGAAGCGCAAGGAGUACCUGGUCUUUGACCGCUCCAAGCUGUCCCCCCACGCGUACGCCACCUCCUCGGCCGCGUACUCGGGCCUGCAGGAGACCAAGCAGAACCAGGCAAUCCUCGUGUCGGGGGAGUCGGGCGCGGGCAAGACCGAGACGGUCAAAAUUCGCGGGUUUUGA